AUGAGUUACUACCACACGAAUAACAGUUUGUUCCCGACCACAACAAUUCCGAUCCCAAAUGGGUUUGCCGCGCAAAUGCAAGAUAAAUCGAAAACGAAUCCCGUUUUCCUCGAUGUCACUCCAGCUCGUACACCUUACAUCAAGCCACCUUCUCCAAAUGCCGUGGCACCAAUGAGGAACAACCUUAUCAAUCCUAAACUUACUAAAGACAUCGUGUAUGAAAACAUCAAGCCUGUUUUCACCCUACUGAGAUUAAUGGGAGUACUUCCCAUCACGCGGCCCUCUCCUGGAAUCAGCGAGUUCCAAAUUGCAUCUCCUUCUAUGAUCUAUUCAGCGGUUGUCUACUUCUCUAUGGUAGCUUAUGUUCUCUACCUCUCCUUGCAUAAAGUACAGAUCCUGCGUACAGCUGAAGGCAAAUUCGAAGAAGCUGUAAUUGAGUACCUCUUCACGGUUUAUCUGUUCCCGAUGAUUGUGGUGCCGAUAUUGUGGUAUGAGACCCGAAAAAUAGCAGAAGUUCUCAACGAAUGGGCAAAGUUUGAGACUGCAUACAAGCAACUAUCAGGUCGGGCACUUCCAAUCAACCUGUACAAGAAAUCCUUGGCCAUAGCGAUAGUCAUCCCUGUGCUGUCGGUGACGUCAGUGAUAAUCACUCACAUUACCAUGGUCCACUUCAAACCGAUGCAGCUCAUCCCCUAUGUGUUCCUGGAGAUCUUAACGUACAUCCUUGGAGGGUAUUGGUACUUAUUAUGCGAGACUCUCAGCGUUUGUGCCAAUAUAGUAGCUGAAGACUUUCACCAGGCACUGCGUAAUAUUGGACCAGCUAAGAAAGUUUCGGACUACCGCGCCCUGUGGCUUCGCAUGAGCAAAAUCGCUCGCAGCAUUGGCAUUGCCAACUGCUACACUUUUACAUUUGUCAGCAUUUACCUCUUCUUAAUAAUCACGCUGUCGAUCUAUGGACUUCUCAGCCAGAUCUCCGAAGGCUUCGGGAUCAAGGACAUAGGCCUGGCUCUGACUGCUUGCUGCAGCAUUUUGCUGCUGUUUUUCAUUUGCGAUGAAGCUCACUAUGCGUCACAUAACGUGCGCACAAACUUCCAAAAAAAGCUACUGAUGGUGGAGCUAUCUUGGAUGAAUACCGACGCUCAAACGGAAGUUAACAUGUUCCUGCGAGCCACUGAAAUGAAUCCUGCACAGAUCAGCCUUGGGGGUUUCUUUGACGUCAAUAGGACUCUAUUCAAGUCUCUUAUGGCAACAAUGGUAACAUAUUUAGUGGUGCUUCUACAGUUCCAAAUCAGUAUUCCUGAUGAUUCCCAGUACCAAGAAGAAGAAGAGGAGCAAGCAAUGAACUACACAGAUAGCGUCACGGAAGCCCUGACUACCACCACUACUGCAAUGACGACCAUACUUACUACCAUUGCUAAAAAGAAAAAGAAACAUUAGAAUUCGUUAAUUUACAGUUUAUUUUAUUAAAUACU